AGGCUCCGGCCGGUGAUCCUCCCCGCCCACCUUUAGGGCCGGCCAUGCAUAUCCUUGAGUCAUAAACACAUAAGUUAAGGUUAUUUACCGCAAUGUCUGAGGCUGCAACUCCGCUAGUAAGACCGAAGAGAAAGAAGGUGUGGGUCGAUUAUCUAGUCCAGUUCCGAUGGAUUUUGAUCAUCUUUCUCGUACUACCAAUGUCUCUCACGUUAUACUUCCUCGACUACCUCCGCGAAGUUAAAUCGCGCCAUAAGUCAUACAAGCAACGCCAAAUAAAACACGAUGAAAACAUCAUCAAAGUCAUUAAAAGACUAAAGAAAAGAAACCCAUCAAAAGACGGUCUCAUCUGUACCGCCCGAAACCCGUGGGUCACAGUCGGCAUGCGUAAUGUCGAUUACAAACGCGCUCGACAUUUCAAAGUAGACCUUUCGGCUUUUUCCAACAUCCUAGAAAUAGACCAAGAACGAAUGAUUAUAAAAUGUGAGCCCUUAGUGAACAUGGGCCAGAUCACAAGGGCUACUGUCCCAAUGAACCUCGCGCUCGCUGUUGUUCCUGAGCUCGACGAUCUAACCGUCGGUGGGCUCAUCAACGGGAGCGGGCUCGAAGGAAGCUCACAUAUAUAUGGUCUUUUUGCGGACAUAGUUGUGGCGUAUGAGAUUAUUCUUGCGGACGGGCGGGUGGUGCGGGCUACAAAAGAUAACGAAUACUCUGAUCUCUUUUAUGCUAUCCCAUGGUCACAAGGGACUUUGGGCUUGUUAACAUGUGCCGAAAUUAAACUUGUACAUAUCAAAGAAUUUGUUAAAUUAAAUUAUAAACCGGUAAAAGGUGACACGUUGAAUGAUCUCACAAAAGGAUAUAUUGAUUCUUUUGCACGUGAAUUUGGGGAUGAUAAUAAUGAUGAUGAUGAACAAAAUGUUGUGGAGUUUGUGGAAACGUUGAUUUAUAAUCCUCAUGAAGCUGUUUGCAUGACGGGAAGCUUUGCUUCUAGAGAAGAAGUGAUGAGUAACGGUAACUCGAUGAAGAUUAAUAGGAUCGGGUGGUGGUUUAAGCCGUGGUUCUACCAGCACGCGCAGACGGCUUUAAUGAGAGGUGAGUUUGUGGAGUAUAUACCGACUCGUGAGUAUUAUCAUCGACAUACACGGAGUUAUUUCUGGGAAGUUAAGCUUCUGCUUCCUUUUGCGGAUCAAUGGUGGUUUCGGUUUCUUCUUGGUUGGAUGAUGCCGCCGAAAAUAUCUUUACUUAAGGCUACUCAAUUUGAAGCGGUUAGAAACUAUUAUCAUGACAUGCAUGUUCUUCAAGACUUGCUUGUUCCUCUUCACAAAGUUUCGGAUGCUUUAGAAUGGGCUCAUCAAGAAAUGGAGGUAUAUCCCAUUUGGCUUUGUCCACAUAGACUAUACAAGCAUCCAUACAAGACAAUGGUGUAUCCUGAGCCAGGGUUUGAGCAAGAACGCAGACGGGGUGACACAGCAUACGCGCAAAUGUACACGGAUAUUGGGCUCUACUAUGCACCAGGACCGGUACUGAGGGGUGAAGCCUUUGAUGGGUCUCGUGCAGUGAGUCAAAUGGAGCAUUGGUUGAUUGAGAACCAUGGAUUCGAGACACAGUAUGCUGUUAGUGAGCUCAGUGAGAAGGACUUCUGGAGGAUGUUUGAUGGCGAGUUAUAUGAAAAGUGUCGAAGAAAGUAUGGAUGUGUGGGGAACUUUAUGAGCGUUUAUUACAAAAGCAAGAAAGGUCGGAAGACCGAGAAGGAGGUUCAAGAAGCUGAAAACGCGUACCUGGAAACAGCGUAUGCCAAACUUGAUCAGCCAACUGAUUAUUAAUGUUAGUUACAUGCGGACUUUCAGUAAUGUGUUUCUAAAGAUUUGGCUCUAUGUUUAUGUUUUUCUUAAUAAUGAAACUUGGAUACAAGUCUAUGUUUGAUAAGCAUGUUUAGAAAAUAAGAUUGUCUCUAUGUUAUGUAAGGGACAGUUGUUACAUAUUGUAGACUUAAUUUGAAUAU